AUUACCAAUGGUGUUAGAGUUCUGUAAUACCGACGUUACCUUUUGACAAGCUUCUUAAAUUCACCAUAUUAGCGCAAUAAUCGUUUGUCAUUAUAUUGCGCGCGUACCUCUUGAAAAACCGUUAGAACCAAUUCGCCCGAAAGAAAAAGCUGAUCUACGUAUUUUAUUACGUCGAUUUCAAGUCCAAGAUGCCAAAAUCAAAAGCAUAUGUGUCUGACAGUGACGAUAGUAGCGAGGAGGAGAGAAAACCAGUGAAGAAACAAAAGAAAGAAAAGGAAGAGGAAAAAAAAGCAGUUUCUAGCAAGAAGACAAAGUCAGAGGACGAUGAAACUGUAUGGGACUUGGGUAACAAUCGCCAAGUAAACGUAAGGAAUUUCAAAGGCAACUUUUAUGUGGAUAUUCGAGAAAUGUACUAUGAUAAAGAUGGUGACUUGAAACCUGGGAAAAAAGGAAUAUGCUUAAGUAUGCCACAAUGGCGGAAAUUCAUGUCUGUUGUGGAGGAAGUGGAUAAAGUAGCCAAGUCAAAAUGUUAAAAUCACGAUAUGGCUUGUUACAGUCCUACAUACUAAAAGAUGUUUGGGUUUUAUAUUUGUAACUUUCUUAAUUGAAAAAUAUAUUAGUUUUUAAAGUAA